AUGGAAAGGCGGAAUGACAAAGCGCCUGCUACACACGGAAGUGAAGCUUCCGUACAGGCUGAGGGCGAGUUGGGGCUGCGGGCGGGCAUGCCUGAUUUCCACAGCCCCCCAGAAUCCAUGGAUUCUCUUGUUUCCCUCUGCACCCGACGCGUUGUCGCCCAAGGCCCUUUUCCCGCCCUGCCCAACGAUCUCUAUCCCGUCCUUUUCCAAGCGGCAUUCCUGGAUGGAAGACCCCUGGUCCUGCGGGAUUUUGUGGCUUCUUGGCCUUUCCCAGAGCUCAACUUCCAGCGGCUUGUGGGGCACCUGGAGCUCUUUCAGGAGCACGACUGGCAGCUCUGCGAUGCCAUCAUCCAGGCCGUGGUGUCGCAGCUCUGCCGGGAGCUAGAAGAGCCUGGUCACAAUUUCAGCCUGCGCGUUCUGGACAUGACUGGACUCUUGGAUUCUGUCACUGGCCGCACUACCACCUGGAUGAACGUCUGGUCCAGCACCGAGAGUUUUGCCAGGGCUUGUGUGGAGGCGUCCACGAACCAGCAGGAAUUCCAGAGGCGUGGACCUGAGCAGCACAAAGGCUGCUCCGGAGCUGGCCCGCCUGUGGUGUCUCCGCAGCCCCCGGGUGUGGAUAUCCACACAGACCUGUUUGUCAAUGAAAUGACUUACGAUAUCUUGUGCGACGCACUCCAGACCCGAGCCGCCAGUCCACUGCGCCUCAAAUGCCGCGAAUUCACAGCGAUGACCAUCGGGGUAGGCGAGAUUGUGACUUUGUUGGAAUCUCUGGAUCCAUCCUUUCUACGGAGGGUUGUACUGUUCUACAAUAGUUUGGAAUUGACUGGGCUCGUGGUCUUGUCGCACCUCUUACGAUUCCCGGACCUGUGCAGCCUCAAGGUCCAGUGCAACGACGUGGACGUUGAGCACCUGGCGCCAGAAUGAAUGACAAUCCACGACGUGGCCAGGAAGCUGGGAAUGCUGCCCAGCCUCCGGGAGCUCAGCCUGGAAUACAACCAGCUCUCUGGGAAUCUGUGCCAGAUCCUCUGCAACCUCCAGGCUCCGUUGGAAAGCUUGGAAUUGGCCUUCUGCUCCCUCCUUCCCACCGACCUCGCCUUUCUCUCCCAAAGCAUCCACCCUCCGGCCCUCAAAAGGUUGGAUCUGAGCGGCCACAACAUCUCCCAAGGCCUCCUGGAGCCGCUCCGGCUGCUCCUGAUGGAAACCUCGGCCUCCCUGCUGCACCUGGACCUCAUGGAUUGCCACAUGACCGACUCUCACCUGGCCGUGCUGCUCCCGACGCUCCUGCGCUGCUCCCGCCUGCGCGUCCUAAGGCUCCACGGCAAUUCCCUGUCCACAGCUGCACUCAGGGAUCUGCUCCAGAAAACCUUGGAACUGCCAGAUCUCCACCUGGUCGUGUAUCCUUACCCUAUGGAUUGCUACAUGCCGCGGCCGCCGAACUCCGUGGGGGAUUUUGUAAAGGAUAAGGAGCUUUUUGCGGCAGCCAAGGCAGAGUUUUCCCAAAUCUUGGUGAAUUCCAGGAGAACCGACCUCAUUUGGACUGACAAUCUUGAUGGCGAUGAAGCCCCAGACUUCUCCUUGUGAUUUGGGAAAAGUUUGGAGGUGGGAAAAGUUCAGAGCCUCCAUUGAAGAAAAGUGCCGUCUCCUUCCUGAAACCUGGGCAUUUUCUGCCUCAUUCCAAUGUUUUUUUUCCCUUUCUUUUGGGUGCUUUUCUGCCUGCUUUUGCUAAUUUACCACCUCAUCCUGAUGCUUUUCAGCCCCAUCCCGAUAUUUUUCCGUGGUUUUGUAGUUUUUCUGACACGUUUUGCCGUUUUUCUUCCCGCUCCUGAUAUUUUUCUCCUUCUUCUGAUAUUUUCCCCCUCAUCCCAGUAUUUUUCUGCCUCAUCUCAGUUUUUUUCCCCAUUUAAUUAUUUUUCCAGCUUGUCCAAGUGCUUUUUCUAGCCCACUGUGGUAUUUUUCUGCCUCAUCCCAGUAUUUUUCUAUCUCAUUUCAUGAUUUUUCCAGCUCAUCCCAGUGUUUUUUCCAUCAGGAUUGGAUUUGCACAGCCAAAUACCAGGAGGCUCUGGAGAUGGAUUCCAUGGGAAGCUGCCAGAAGCUUCUCCCGUGUCAGGCCAAUCCCGUCAGCAACAGCGACAGCACCUCUGGAAUAAGAAUUGUGUCAGAAGGAGCUAAUCAUAGCAAUAACAGCACAGCUGGAGUUCUGGAGCAGCAGUCUGGGAAAGGAGCAACUCCAGAGAUGAUUCCAAGGUGCUGGAGUGGAAAUUCCCAAAAUUCCAUGCUGCAUCCAAAGGGAAGCUCAUCCUGGAGCUGCAUCUUGGGAGUGACCUCCGGAUCCAUGGAAAAAGGAACAGAUUCCUGACAGGAAUCCUAUGGAGGAAAAAAUCUUUGGAACAUGGUAUUCCCAACUUAUUGACGUCUUGGAAAAGCCCAUGCGAAUUUGUCUUCCAUGGUGACACACUGGAGAAAUCCAUGGAAAACAGACAACAGAACUGCAAUUAGAGCUAAGUGGAAAGCAUAAGGCACGUCAGCAGAAAAGUUCUAUGAGAUGUAGAAAGCAAGGACAAAUAGAACAAUGGUCUUUGUAUUAACUCUUGGCUAGAAUAACUCUCUAAGCUGCAGAAAAGAUAUCUAGCAAGAUAUUAGGAAGGUCUAAGCUUAAUAAUGGAGCUCAGUGCAUUGUAUUUUAAGGCUUACAAGCAGGUAUUGUAUUUGAAAUAAGCAAGCAUUGAUUUAACCAAAGGUACAUGUACUUACAGUGGUUGGAUAGAACUACUGUCAAUGUCCUUUUGCUUUUGUGAUUGGUCAAAAAACUUUCAAAGUGUAUUGUAAUGUCUCAUUCGGCAGCUGCUGAUGAGCACAUGAGCUGCUGUGAGCUGCUGUCCCAUCCAAGUAAUGAGUCUGAUGCUUGGAAGGAAAAAAAUAAUAAUAAAGCAGCUCGAGACGUGUUCCACAGCACUCCCGUCCCAUUUACGAUUCUGUGCAUAAACCCGUGGCCAGCAUUAUUUUCCUACCUCUUUUUUGUGUGUUUUGCCUCAUCCCGGUGUUUUUUUCACCUUUUCCCAGUGAUUUUCCACCUUUUCCCAGUGUUUUCUCCUUCAACCUGGUGGUUUUAAGCCUCAUUUUUCUGUUUUCCCCUCAUCCCAGUGUUUUCCUACCACAUCUCACUGUUUUUGCCUCAUUUUGAUAUUUUCCCAGCUCAUUUUGGGAUUUUUUUCUUCAUCCCAUUCUCUUUCCCCUCAUUCCGGUGUUUUUUCCCCCUCAUAUUGGUUGUUUUGCACCCCAUUUUUUUUGUUUGCCUUAUCCCAGUAUAUUCCCCAUCAUACAGGUGUUUUUCCAACUCAUUUUUGGUACUGUGAGCCUUAUUCUGUUAGUUUCCAUCUCAUUUUGGUGAUUUUGUCCUCAAUAUUUUCCCCUCAUUCUGGUGUUUUCCUUCUCAUUUUGGUUUUUUCCACCUCAUUUUGGGUUUUCUUUUGCCUUAUCCCAAUAUUUUCCCUCUCAUCAUGGUGUUUUCCCACCUCAUUUUGGUAUUUUGGGCCUUAUUCCAUUGUUUUUCCACCUCAUUUUGGUAUUUUCCCCUUCAUGUCAGUGUUUUUCUACUUCAUUUUGGUGUUUGGGGCCUUAUUCCAUGAGAUUCUUAUAGAAUUGUGAUAUAUUUCCCUUAUCCCUCUGGUUUUCCCUACAUCCUGGUGAUCUUCCACCUCAUUUUCUUAUUUUUUGCCUCAUCCCAGUGCUUUUACACUAUGUCCUAGUGGUUUUCUGCCUCAUUUUGGUGUUUUAUAACCUUAUCCCAGUGCUUUUCCACCAAAUUUUGGUCUUUCAGGCCGAAUUCUAAUGGUUUUUGCCUCAGUUUUGGUGGUUUUUCACCCCAUAUCUUUUUUUAAUCCUCAUUUUGUUAUUCCAGCUGACUUUGGUAUUGCUCCCAUAAUUUUCGUGUUUUCACCUAAUUUUGGUAUUUUCCCCCUCAUGUUGGUGUUUCCCCCUCAUUUUGUUGUUUUCCCCCCUUCAUUUAACUUUUUUCCCCUCAUCCUGGUACUUUUUCUCCUCAUUCUGUUGUUUUUCCAGCCCAUCCCAGGUAUUUUUCUACCUCAUCCCGGUGAUUUUUCCCUCAUCUUGCGAGAUGUUACAUAGUGAUUCGUGUCGUUAUGAAAAUACACCAUGGAAUCAAUAUAAACAAGAAUACUGAAUCCAAAGUAAAGCAUGAAUAUGAGACACAGGAAAAUCUAACAAUUUAAUUAUAUUUGUUUAAAUCACUUUGCUGUAAGCUGCUGGCUUUUGUCUUUACGUAUUUUUAUGUUAUUUUGUCACUAUAAUUAUGAAUUGUAUCCAUUUUUUAUGUAUAAGGAAAACACAUGCUUAUGUGAACAUGAACAGACUUUUCACUGAUGUUACCUCCUCGCUAGGAGUGUAAUCUAACAACGUGUUGGAGCCUUGUCCAGACCUGGUGGAGACUUGUAGCUACUCUACUUGAAUGGUAGCCAACGUUUUUGGGGUUGUUCAGGCUUGUACCCCAGCACUGUAAACACGACACAGCCCCACCAGAAACUGCUUUUAAAAGGGGCAGUGACCAGGGAUAGGACGGAUGUGUUGGCAGAGUGCAGACUUCCUGUGUCCCCAGUGCUGCUUGCCCGUUCCUUAUCAAUGAAUUAAUAAAUUGCCUUAUUGAUUGACCU